AUGUCGACGAGUCAGCAACUUGUUCCGUACCUACUCACACAAAUCACAUCGCUCAACACCGACUCGGAUGUCAUCCGCAUCAUCCAAGAAUACAGCGAUUCGGAAGUUCACCCAAUAUUUACGCGCGAACAGUGGAUAAACAUCACGGAUAGCGAGUUUUUAGCUCUCGGUCCUGCGCUUUCACUGGCCUCUAGGCUCCUGACUUGCGAUCGUGCUCUUCACUUCUGGCAUGCUCUAUUCCAUGGCGCUCGCGAGUACUUCUCGGACAAACAUGGCCUGCAACAUUACCGAUUUCUGCCGAUUCAUGAUACGGGCAAUGUACUUCCUGCAGAAGAACGAGACAGAACACUCCGGUCCCUGUCGGAGAUGGCACUUGCUGUGAAGCUCAAGUUCGAAGACAUGUCUGGCGCUCGCGGACGUUGCCACGCAGCAGGCCCGUUGCAAGAGAUCCCAUACUUUUCCGACAGCCACAGAUGGAGCUGGUCAAGCACCGUCAUAAUACGGACGAAAGAUGUCGACGACUUGCUCUCCGCCCUGAAGUCUGCCUCGGCAACAUCGCCCCUCGGACGCUGGCUCCAAUUAACAUGUACACUUGUGCACGAGGUAUCGCAUUCAGCAUCCAUGAUCAUCAAUGGCCCUGGAUACGAGGACUUUUUCGGAUCACAGACGUUUAGUAAAAUGGGUCACGCCAUCAUCACAUGA